AUCUCGCUCAAUUAUUACAAGCACAUAUCCACGAAGAAUCGUUAUCGCGAUAAAGAAAUAUGGAUUGAAUUCAUCCCAUCAUUAUCAAAAUCAAUACAUUUGGAAUCGAUCAUAUCAUCAUGCUAUCGCCGAUAAUUCAUCACCAAAAAAGGGGGAAAAAGUGAUUGUAGCAAUGUCUGGAGGCGUAGAUUCGAGUGUUACAGCAUAUUUAAUAAAAAGACAAGGAUACAAUGUUGAAGGCAGAUACAUGCGAAAUUGGGAUACGACUGAUGAAGUUGGUGUAUGUACCGGUGAACAAGAUUGGAUAGAUGUGCAGAAAGUGUGUGAUCAACUGAAUAUUUCUUGUCGAAUGGUUGAUUUCACCAAGGAAUAUUGGAUAAAAGUGUUCACGCGAAUUAUAGAGGAUUAUGCAAAUGGACUUACUCCAAAUCCUGAUGUUCUUUGUAAUCGUGAUAUUAAAUUUGGCGUAUUUUAUGAAAAAUAUUUAUCAGAGUCAUUAUCGUCUCCAUCAGAGAGUGGUUGCGAUGAUGGAAAUGUAUGGAUUGCAACAGGACAUUACGCACAAAUCGAAAGGGCACCAAAUGGUAGAGUUAAAUUAAUGCGAGGUGCGGACCCGAAUAAAGAUCAAAGCUAUUAUCUGUCUACUGUACCUGAGCAACGGCUUCGUAAAGUAUUAUUUCCGAUUGGCCAUCUUCAAAAACAACAAGUUAAAUCAAUAGCACGCGACGUUAAUCUGUUAACCGCCAAUAAAGCAGAAAGCAUGGGAAUUUGUUUUGUGGGGAAUAAGGGGAGAAAAUUCGGUGAUUUUUUGGAACAGUAUAUUUUUGGGAAACCUGGUGAUAUAGUUACUGUUGAUGGAGAAGUCAUUGGAAAGCAUGGAGGAUUGUUCAAGUAUACCAUCGGGCAAUGCUCAAGAACACAUCAUGGUCCAGAUCGGGAAUUGGUUGCACGCGAUUGGAACUGGAGCUGGGAAGUACUGCCUGAAAAUAUAGAAAAUGGUAUAGAUCUACUAGGUCAAGUAAGAUCUCGACAAAAAGCACAAAAAUGCAGGUUGACGUUAAAACCCGACGGAAAAUUAAAAGUGGAAUUUGAAGCGCCUAUACGCGCAAUCUGCCCAGGACAGAAUAUUGUUGUAUGGGAUGGAAAUUGGUGCUUAGGCGCAGGGAUUAUCGAGUCCACAAUACCAAUGAAUACAGAUAUUUGA